ACGCUGAUUGGCUACGCCGCCACAGCAGUAAGAGCGUUGUAACAGUUCUUGACAGGGGAACAGAUCUCGAUACAACAGGACUGCCGCAAUGAGACCGAAAAAAAGGUCACAUCGAAAUCUGCAGGAGUUUGAAGAUUCGGCACACAAACACGCGCGGAUUGAUGAAUCUGGAUGGACUGGAGUGAAUGAGCGUACCUUCAUUGCUGUUAAACCAGAUGGCGUGCAGCGGAAGCUUGUGGGAGAAAUUGUGCGUCGAUUUGAGAAGAAAGGGUUCAAACUUGUGGGCCUCAAACUUAUGCAGGCAUCUGAGGACCUACUUAGAGAACACUAUUGUGCCCUGAGGGGUAAGCCCUUCUUCAGCAGACUGAUGUCCUACAUGAGCUCCGGACCAGUUGUUGCAAUGGUGUGGCAGGGUUUGGACGUUGUCAAGACUGCACGCAAGAUGCUGGGAGAGACAAACCCUGCAGAAUCACUGCCAGGAACGAUCCGUGGAGAUUUCUGUGUGGAAGUGGGAAAAAACGUGAUCCACGGCAGCGACUCUGUGGAGAGCGCCCAGAAGGAGAUCUCUCUGUGGUUUCGUCAGAAUGAGCUCCACCUCUGGGACAGCAGCAACCUUCAGUGGAUCUACUGAUGUGUCACAUCAUCCUGUGUGUAAACUAGUGGUCUUUAAUGGGUGGAGUCUCAUCAUACCUCAGAUGAAUGUUUUUUUCUUUUUUUUUGGCGUAAGUUUGUAGCUACAUAGAGAAGAGUUAUCGUUGCCUUGCUGCAUUUCUUCCUUUACAUUUUUAUCUGAAUUAUGGUGAGACUACCUGAACAAAAAAAGUGCACUAAGGGAGCAAUAACUUUUCUGUUUUUAAGCAAUAAGUUUAACUUGAUGAAAUAAAUUGGUGAUUGAUUCCUCUCAUCCUGAAAUGAGAUAUCUUGGUAAAAGCUGCAUUUAAAUAUACCGUUAACUUAUUUUAAAAGGCACAGGAAUUUUGAAACACAUUAUAUUUCCAUAUUUGUAUUAAAACUGAUGUAAAAUGUUAUGUUAUACAAAAUGGUUCAGUUUCCAUAUCCAGAUUUUUGCACUUAAAAAAAGGUUCUUUGCAAUAUUAAAGGUAGAAACUCCACCAGCUUUUCUCAUUAAAUGAUAUUUUGUUUCCUGUACCAUUCAUUUAAAGUCUGUUGAAAAAGAUCUCAUGGAAGUACUUGAAUGUAAAGUUUCUAGCUUUCAAAGAGCCACUAGCUUUUAGUGUGGUUUUGUAGCUUCACACAACAUUGAUAGCAGUCUGUGUUUCCACUUUGUUAAACUGCAAUAAAUGUUGCUUGCUAAUAUCAGGACUUUUACUAAAACCUUGGCAGGGGAGU